AUGCCCCAACUCAACGGCAAGGAAGUAGGCCCAAUCGGCUUCGGCCUCAUGGGCUUGACUUGGCGCGACAAGCCAUGCUCUCAGGAGCAAGCAUUUGAGACUAUGCGCACCGCCCUGAAGAAUGGAUGCAACUUCUGGAAUGGUGGCGAGUUCUACGGGCCUCUCGAGUACAACAGCCUGGUCCUCUUGGAGCAGUACUUCGAGAAGUACCCCGAAGACGCCGACAAGGUCGUCCUCAGCAUCAAGGGUGGCAUGGACCUAAAGAAGUUCAAACCCGACGGCACCCCGGAGGGCACUCGUCGCACCCUCGACGACUGCACGGCCCAGCUCAAGGGCCGCAAGACGAUCGACCUAUUCGAGUUCGCCCGUCGCGACCAGACCGUGCCCAUCGAGACCACCUUCGGCGUCAUGAACAAGGAAUACAUCGAGACCGGGAAACUCGGCGGCAUCUCGCUGUCCGAGGUCCGCGCCGAGACGAUUCACGAGGCCGUCAAACAUGGGAAGGUGGAGGCGGUGGAGGUGGAGCUUUCGCUAUUCUCAACGGAACCCCUGGAGAACGGCGUGGCCGCGGCCUGCGCGCAAUACGGCAUCCCGAUCGUCGCCUACUCGCCGAUCGGCCGGGGCAUGCUGACGGGCCAGUUCAAGAAGUUUGACGACCUCCCCGAGGACUCGAUGCUGCGCCACUACCCGCGCUUCCAGCCGGGCAACUUCGAGAUCAACCUGCAGCUGGUGCACCAGGUGGAGGCGAUGGCGCAGAAGAAGGGCUGCACGCCGGCGCAGCUCGCCAUAAACUGGACGCGGGCGCUGUCGCGACGGCCCGGCAUGCCCACGAUCAUCCCCAUCCCCGGGGCGACGACGGCGGCGCGCGUCGAGGAGAACAGCAAGCUCGUGGACAUCACAGACGAGGAGAUGGCGGAGCUGGAUGCCACCUUGGCCAAAUUUACGACGGCGGGCGAUCGCUACCCUGCCUAUGUUCCUACGAACACUUAG